GUUGAUGCUUAGCAAAAGGUGUACUUUACUAGAAUAAGGGGCAGAUGUCAUUAAUGAAUCGAUUGCUAUGAAAUCAUACGAACUUUGAAUCCAUUCAAAACCUGAGAAUGAAGAACUGUCUUGAGACAGAACAGGAAAGCGUCUUGAAAAAAUUAUCCGAAUUACUUCCUGCUAAAGGUUAUUGGUUUUCAUUGUCACUUUGCAAUGCCUACAAACACAGGUUAUCCUUGUGAAAGAAGCUUUAAAGACUGAAGCCCUCAAAUAAUGAAAAUUAGUCACUCAAUUUAAUUGACGUAUGUUUCUUGUAUCGUAGAGCUUUAACCAAGGUAAGGCCAAAGAUCGAGGCAUGCUCAAUCAUGUUCGUUUAUACGAUCGCCCUUAGCAAUCAAAAUAUUCAGAACCAUAGGAAACUAAUUUAAAAAUUUGAGAAAACAUAAACAAGGUUACUGCUUCAUGUCUGAACACAUCGCCAAGCCUCCUCAUUUACAUCACUUUCCCCUCUAUUUAUGGAAAUGACACUAUAUAGGGUCGCAAAAUAAGUAAAACAUAUAUAGCGGAGGAAGUAGCUGUACAAUGGCGUCUAAAAGUUCUCUUGAAGAUUUUGAAAAGCGACUUGACGAAGUUCUUAAAAAGUGUGACCUACAGUCGAAAUUUUUUACAGGGUGCGACGCUAGAAACCCUUCAUCAGUAGCUCAUUUGAUGGGACCCGAUUUUAGGACGGAAACCGCGGAAAAGGUUUGCGCAGUGACGAAGUCAUUUGAUAGAAAAAACAUCACGAUUUCGAUGGAUGGAAAUCACGGAGAAUAUCCCUCAAAACAAUCGUUACGGUGGUCUUUCAAACAGCCGCAAGAGCGGGGACAACAAUUUCACCUAGCACUUGCGAAACAAAUUAAUGUAAAAAGAACAAUAGAGAGUGUAGAGGGUCAGCUUUUGACAAAGAUGGAAGAGGAAUUUCAUUGCAAAUUUGUUCAAGCGGAAGUUGGAAUCUGUGGUUAUGCUGUUAAAAAAUCGAAAGUAGAUUUAUAUAACGGAAGGAUAGAUGCUGUCGCUUUGCGUCAAAUUCCGGGAGGUGACCCCGAAGUCGUUAUCGUGGAUUGGAAGACGUUUGCUAAAUUUGAUUCACCAACGAAAUGGUGGGACGAAGCGACAUAUUUUAAAAAUCCUCUUUACCAGUGUUUAUUGUAUCGUGAGCUUUUGCAAACUCACUUAAAGGUGAACGACAUAAAUGCUAGCGUUGGCAUCAUGUUGGUCCCACUCCGUCAAGCACGCCCAGGACAAGUUAUGCCAGGCUUAUGCACAAAUUUUCAACAUAUGGAAGAAGAGGGUCUAUUAGAUACCAUUAAAAGUUAUCAAUGGUUUUCCGAGGAAAGUAGAUGUGUUCACACUGUUAUUUUGCCCAAUAAAUUAUUCAAUGGAGAGCGCCUGAGUGACACAUAUUUAGAAGAUGGAAUUUUGAAGGAGACAGUUGUGGUUAAAGAUAUCGUAGAUGACAGUGCUACUGUUGGAGACAUGUGUGAAGAACUGGGACUUCUAAGGCUCGAGAUAAAAGAUUCACUAGCUGAGGACGAGGGUUUGUUCCCAUGAGAAGAAAAUGAGAGCUAAAGUGAUGCUAAGAAAAAAGGGCGCUCUAGCCGUUUUAAGGGAAUUUAAAAAGGGGAAAAAAUAAUCCAAUUCUAAUGAUAACAUUAGCUUUUGAUUAACAGUGCUGGUUACGCUGCUUGAUAUAUUUUCAUUUGAACCGAGCAAAAUAAAUAGUUACGUUGCAUAUCAUAAUUUUAAUUAGCGUAAAAUGUCAGUGUUUAAUCAUUUACUCAUUUAUGAGGUAUCUACGGUUUUCUUAUUAAUUGAUUGAUUGAUUGAUAAAUAACGAAUAAGUCAUUUAAUGAUCAAAACGAAUCGAUUUGGGAGACCUAGGUUGAAUGAAAAUUAUUUUAAAGUAAAUGAUUUAAACGUGAGGGUGACAUUUGAUCGUGUAGUAUAGUCGGAUCGUCUGUUUGAGGGUAGUCCUGAGAAGGACUGUUGUCGGUAGUGGUGACAGACACUUAGACAAGUUUAAAGCCUGCAUGGGUCUUGUAAACUGAUUGGUCAGUUUUUCCGCGAUGUUGUUGUAAGACUCACGCAAUAAUGUUAGCUUUUCCGUGUACUGGUAAUUGUUUGUAAUUUUUCAGUACCGUUAUACUGAAAGUGAGUAGUAGCUUGAAAAAUAUAAGACUUGAAAACUAAAA